AUGCUCAACAAGAAGAGAAAAAUUACAUAUACUAUACCUGAACUUUAUGGAUUGUAUCAUGAAUACAGGUAUGACAUAAUUCUUUAUGAUUUACUACCACAGGAUCAAAAAUUUCAAAAUAAAAGAUACAAUUCAAAAAUUAAUAACAGAGAAAUGUAUCCAAUUUCAGCAUUUGUUUUAUUUGAGAGCAAUGGAAACCCUAGCAGCUCUAGUUCUGGGAUUUCUGAAGUUCAGCAACCAACUCCUACAGCAGUUUUGAAACCGUUUUCACCACCUGAUUCUUCAUUGACUCAAACGUUACAACAACAUCAACAAUAUCAACAACAUCGAAGUCAAAUUUAUAAUGGAUAUAUACAGGAAACUGAGACCAGUCAAGUGUCUAAUCAAUCUUCAUCAUUUAUUAUUCCUGUUAUAACAAUUGAUCCUGGUUCAAAAAUUCCACCAGGUGGGCUACAUUUACAAGAAUUAUAUAAAAAGUUUCCGAAUUGUAAAAUUUUUGAAAGUCAUCAUGUAGAGAAAGAAACAAUGAAAGUCUCAAAACAAAUUGAUGGUCAAGCAAUACACAUGAGAUAUUCAAAUACAAAUCAUGUAUCGAAUACUGUAAUCUUGAAAGAAACUAAUGAAUUGGAUAAUGAAUUAGACUACAGAGCUAGGGAAGCCGAUAGACAAGGGUCAUACCAAACCAUUGACGAUGAUGCAAUGAAUAUUGAGUCAGCCAAUUCAGUGAAUUCUUCUAACACCUCAUCAUCUGAUGGUAUUAUCAUUCAAAUCCAUCCAUCUUCAUGA